GUCCGAGGAGUCCGUGUGAAGAUCCCAGGGGAUGGAGAUCUCGGGAUACGAAUCCCCGGGGGUUCCGGUUUAAGGAUGGAGAGAGAUCGGGGUCCCGUUGAGUUGACUGGGAAUGGUAGUGACGGACUGAGCGGCCGUUGGCUCGGAAUGGAAGUGUAGAUGAACAUCGGGUGACAGGAAGCGGGUGACGCACGGGGCCGCGCGGAGAGUGCAGCGUCCAGCCCAGGCUGCGGAGCGGAGACAGGAUCAGGCUGGGAGCCAGUGGGGAGGUGAAAGUGACAGAGAGCCAUGGGCCAGUGGGCAGCCUGCUUUGUCCAGACAGCGACCUGCGUGGCGACCCUGCUUACUGCCGCAGCCGGGGCCCAGGCACGAAAGCAGACGUCCGCCUUUGGUGGGAAGCCAUUUGUGACUGUGUGGAACGCUCCGACCCAUGACUGCGUCCGAUAUUCCAUCUCCCUUGGCUUGGAUGUCUUUGACGUCGUGUCCUCGCCCAAUGAGGGCUUCUAUGACCAGGAGCUUACCAUCUUCUACAAGGAGCGCCUGGGCAGGUACCCCUACUUUGAGGGGCAGAGGCCAGUGAAUGGGGGCGUGCCGCAGAAUAGCAGCCUGCUACAGCAUCUGCAGCAGGUCCGUGCCGACAUCGACCGCUACAUACGCUCCCACCACAGGGAAGGGCUGGCCGUGAUUGACUGGGAGGAGUGGCGGCCACUCUGGAUCCGCAACUGGAAGGGGAAGCAGAUAUACCGUAACAGAUCACUGGCCCUCGUGUCCAAGAGCCACCCUCAUUGGCCACAGGCAGACAUCAGCCGCCAAGCGCAGUUUGAGUUUGAGCAGUCGGCGCGGAACUUCAUGGUGAAGACGCUACAGGAGGGCCGCAACACACGGCCCCACAGCCUCUGGGGUUUCUAUCUCUUCCCCGACUGCUACAACCACGACUACAAAACCAAUGCAGCCAAUUACACUGGCCGCUGCCCAGACGUUGAGAUCUCUCGCAACGACCUGUUGGCGUGGUUAUGGAGAAACAGCACCGCCAUAUACCCCUCCAUCUACCUGGACUACAGCCUCCAGUCCUCAGCCAGUGCCAUCAAGUUUGUCCGGUCCCGGGUCCGCGAGGCUUUGCGUGUCGCCCAGCUUCAUAGCGCCAACUAUUCACUGCCCGUCUUUGUGUACUCAAGGCCCACAUAUACCUACACAGUGCAGCUGUUGACCGAGCGGGACCUGGUGACCACCAUUGGGGAGACUGCGGCAUUGGGGGCGGCAGGAAUUAUCUUCUGGGGCGACACCGACUACAGCAACAGUGCGGAACGCUGUCAGAUGAUGAAGAAUUAUGUGGAAGGAGUCUUUGGUCAUUACCUCCUGAAUGUCAGCACAGCGACUAAGUAUUGUAGUCAGUACCUGUGUGCGGGCCACGGGAGAUGUGUGCGACGGGACAGUGAGGCUAAGACCUACCUGCACCUCAACCCAGACAGUUUCCAGAUCAAGAAGAGUCCUGAUGAGAAGGCUAAGCUCCAUGUUACUGGGGCCCUGACUUACAGCGACAAGCUGCGGCUUCAGGAAGACUUUGAAUGCCACUGCUUCCGGGGCUGGUCCGGUCAGCGUUGUGGCACUGGACAGAGCACUGGGCCACGUAUCCUGCCCUGCGCUCUCAGCCCUCUCUUCUCUCUGGUGCUUGCUCUGCUCCUGUGAUGACAGUUUGCAGGGCACAUCCGCCCCUCUCCUCUCCAGUUGCUGUUCCCUCUGAAGCCCCUCUGCAGGGACAGUGUUUAAACAGUAUUUCACAUCCAAAGAUUUCUGUGAGUAUCAGGUGCUGUGGUGGCCACAGUAACUGGUGGUUACUGGGAGAUGGUGAUGACUGUGGAAUCACUGCUGCCCCUCGUUCCCCCACUGAAGGGGGUGUGACUUUGAUCAGUGUUAAUUACUUUACUGAAGCCAGGAUCUUACUGCCAAGGACACAGACUCUGUGAUGGGUUACCGUGUGCUGUAGGUGUUAAUGACAGCCACGCUGAUGAGGUCAACAGCUGCUGAAACACUCGGAAUUGGUUUAUUAUUGUCACAUGUAUGUAUAUGUUACCAUAUACUACUUUGAGAUUCAUUUUCUUGCAGGCAUUUACAAGGAAAAAAGAAAUAUAAUAUAAUUUAUGAAAAAGUAUACACAAACAAAGGCUGAGAAACAAUCAAUGUGCAAAAGACAAACUGCAAAUAAAAAUCUGUAACUCUUGAGUAUUAGAAGCAAGAGGACACUGAAGGAAAGAGCUGAAAUCUAUUUCUGUGAGUGUGGAGUCGGAGAUAUGAGUGUUGGACACCAGAAUGCUGCCUAGAUUAGAGAGCAUGGGCUACAGUGAGAGGUUGGACAAACUUGGGUUGUUUUCUCUGGAGCGGCUGAGGGGAGACCUGAUAGAGGUUUAUAAGAUUAUCGGAGGUAUAUAUACAGUAAAUAGAAUUUUUCUGUCUGGAUAAAAAUGUCAAAUACUAGAAGGCUUAGGUUUAAGAUGAAAGGGAUUCCCCCCCCCCCUCACAGAGUGGUGGGUGUCUGGAAUGUGCUGCCAUGGUGAUGGUGGAGAUGUAUGUGACACAGACAGGCAGGGAAUGGAGGGAUAUGAGGCAGGUGGGAUUGGGUUAAAUUGGCAUCUUGGCACAGAUGUGCUAGGCUGAAUGGCCUGUUUCUGUGCUGUUGGCUAAGAGUCUGUAUCAGGAAGGAAAAGGUUUGAGUCAUUGGAGCAGAUUAUCUUAUUUAGAGAUACAGUGUGGAAUGGGCCUCCCAGCAAUCCACCUAUUUAACCCUAGCCUAAUCAGUCAACUUUAAAAUGACCAAUUAACCCCCUAACACAAGGAAAUCUGCAGAUGCUGGAAAUUCAAGCAACACACAACACACAACCCCCUAACUGUGUCUGGACUGUGGGAGGAAACCAGAGAACCUGAAUGGCAGAUAAAUCUCCAGGGCAGGAUGGGAUCUAUCCUGUUAGGUGAAGCAACAGUGCAGGUUGCUGAAGCACUGAUGGAGAUUUUUGUAUCUUCAUUGGCUGUGGGAGAGACCGAGGACAGCUGGUGUUGUCUCCUUGUCCAGAGCUAAACUGUGAUCCUACCUUUAGCAGUAGGGAAGUUGGUGAAGGAGAUUAAGGUACUGGAUUUUUUUCCACGUAGAAAGGUAGGGACUGAUUAACGUCCCUGUUAUCUUUCUGUGGAAGGAGUUAACAUCCCUGUUAGCUUCCUGUGGAAGGGGUUAACAUCCCUGCAAACUGACCUUCAACAUGAGACUGAGUCUGGUGUUACAAUAUACAAAUUAUUUUGCACUGUUGUGACUUUAAAAAUAAACUUGCAGGCUUCCUUCAAAUUCCAGCUUCCAACAGAGCUUAAGAAACAGGAACUGAUAUCAUUGUUAAACAUUUCCUGGUGAGUUUCCUCUGGGUGCUCCAGUUUCCUCUCACAUCCCAACCACGUGGUCAGUAGCUUAACUGGCUGUUAUCUCCUCUGUAGCAUGUGUGUGAGUGGGUGUGUGUACUAAUGAAGACCAUUUAUCAAUUGAUCUUAUUAAUGAAGAUAACUUUACAAUUGCUUCCACUGUCUUCCAAGUGAUUUCCCAAAUUGCCAGUUUAGAUUACUUACCAGUUGCUUUUAAGAAGGUCAAGUCACUGGAAGAACUAAGUGGACUGAGGUGCAUUGGCAGAGGGAAAAAGUAUCAGUCAUGACUGCAAGCACAAAUUUCCAUGAUAUAGCAAGGAUGGGUAGGAUGGGGGGAGGAAGGUGCUAAGUGCAAGCACCAUGGACAGUCCCAAGCCUAGCUGUGAAAGGAGGGGGUUUGGGCAUGGGGCUAACAAUUCCAUCCCGUAAAACCCAGAGCUACAGAAACUCCAAGGACCUCAUCCCUGAGAGAGGAAAGCAGAUGGAUACACCCUGGGGAUAACUUGAAAGACUGGCCCAGGAUAUAGAACUCUGGCACAUUGCUGUUGGCAGCCUAUGCCCCAGGAGAGGUGAUUAGCUUAAGAAGGUGGGCAGAGGGAACUGGGGUGGGAUGGAGGCUGAACCCUGGGAAGCAAUGGUCUACAGAGUGAUCUUGAGUGAAAAUCUCAAAGUUAGGGUUGUAGGCAAAGAAGAUGACAUGCUUGCCUUUAUUCCCAAGGGGAAGUGUAAGAGUCAGCACACCAUGCUGCAGCUGUAUAAAACUUUUCGAGGGCCACAUUUGGAGAAUUGUGUGUAGUUCUGGUCUCCUUGUUACAGGAAGGAGGUGGAGAGGGUUCAGAAGAAGUUCACUAGGAUGCUGCCUGGAUUUGAGGGCAUAAGCCAUAAGGUGAGGUUCGACAGACUGUUUUCUCUGAAGCGCUGGAGGCAGAAGGGAAACCUAAUAAAGAUUUAUAAGAUUCUGAGUAAAACCUGAUGUAGGAUCUCAACCUGAAACAUCCAUUUCUGAUACUUGCUACACUAUCCUCUCAAUAAUCUGUUGCUGUUCCAGAUACCCAUGUCUGUGGUCCCUUUUGUUUUCAUCACCAUUGGUUCUAGUAUGUGGGAAUUUCACAAGAGCAGUGUAAAAUUCAGAUCUUUAGUCAGUCCAAUAUUAAUCAACAGUUAUUAGCAAGUAAACAUUCAGAAGAGGACAAAACAUCAGUUUACAAUGUACAAGUUGCUUUUCUUUAUUCAGGAACACUCUGGUUUCUUCCCAUAUCACAAAAAUAAAUAAAAUUCCAAAGAAAUGAACAAAACCUUCACAUUCCUGAAGAACAAAGGUAACGUGUGCAAUUUCCGAGUCUAAGGGGAUAGCAACCUCAUUCGUCAAUCCUCAAAUCAUGAUGGAAAUGUUCACCUGGUAGGUUGGGAAGGGACUGGAUCUUGUGGCUGAUUGUCUCAGCAGGUUUCAGCCUCCAUUCUUAACAGAACCUCUAUGGAUGUGUCAAUCUGAGAAACGGCACCAAUUAAAUUGGCCUUAAAACACUGAGUUCAUAAUAAACAAAAUGACUGAAUGUCAAUAAGCAGUCCCUGAACUGCAGCAGAGGAAAUAGAACAGUACAACCCAGGAACACAGUUUGGCCCACAAAGUUGUGUCAAUUCAAUUAGUAAACAAAUGGAUAACUAAACUUCUCUCUAUUUUCCUCACAUUCACAUGCCCAUCUAAACGCCUUUUAAAAGUCCAAAUAGACAAUAGGUGCAGAAGUAGACCAUUCGGCCCUUUGAGCCUGCACUGCCAUUUUGAGAUCAUGGCUGAUCAAUUACCAUCAAUACCCUGUUCCUGCCUUGUCCCCAUAUCCCUUGAUUUCCCCUAUCCAUAAGAUACCUAUCUAGCUCCUUCUUGAAAGCAUCCAGAGAAUUGGCCUCCACUACCUUCCGAAGCAGUGCAUUCCACACCCCCACAACUCUCUGGGAGAAGAAGUUUUUCCUUAACUCUGUCCUAAAUGACCUACCCCUUAUUCUCAAACCAUGCCCUCUGGUACUAGACUCUCCCAGCAUCUGGAACAUAUUUCCUGCCUCUAUCUUGUCCAAUCCCUUAAUAAUCUUAUAUGUUUCAAUCAGAUCCCCUCUCAAUCUCCUUAAUUCCAGUGUGUACAAGCCUAGUCUCUCUAACCUUUCUGCGUAAGACAGUCCAGACAUCCCAGGAAUUAACCUGGUGAAUCUACGCUGCACUUCCUCUACAGCCAGGAUGUCCUUCCUUAACCCUGGAGACCAAAAUUGUACACAAUACUCCAGGUGUGGUCUCACCAAGGCUCUGUACAAAUGCAAGAGGAUUUCCUUGCUCUUGUACUCAAUCCCCUUUGUAAUAAAGGCCAACAUUCCAUUAGCCUUCUUCACUGCCUGCUGCACCUGCUCAUUCACCUUCAGUGACUGAUGAACAAGGACUCUGAGAUCUCUUUGUAUUUCUCCCUUACCCAACUGUACACCGUUCAGAUAAUCUGCUUUCCUGUUCUUACUCCCAAAGUGGAUAAUCUCGCACUUAUUCACAUUAUACGCCAUCUGCCAAGUAUCUGCCCACUCACCCAGCCUAUCCAAGUCACCCUGAAUUCUCCUAACAUCCUCAUCACAUGUCAAAAUGUACCUGUUGCUACCACCACCCCAUGCAGCUCGUUCCAGGCAGUGUUGUGAAACCUCCAGGGACCCAAAAUGACACAAUCACUAGGCUCCAAUGUCAAGGCCAAAGCUGAUCUCUUACUCCCCCACUACUGCUUAAAAGAACUUGCCGAAUCUGUAGUGAAAACUUAAAUCUUUAGUCUUUGUUCCAAAGUUUGUUUGCUGGGCUUGGUGUGCAAGCUUAAAAAAUAAAGGGAAAUUACAACUCUCCAUCAGAACAUCGAAACACUGAUCCAUCCAGAUCAACAUGUUGGUCAGCAUGGAUGAGUCAGACCAAAGGGCCUGUUUCUGGUGAAGGGUCAGGCACUUUAAGGAAUGAUGGAAGCCAGGAACUAGAAAACGUUCAAAAUACCCACCACCAAGUUUAUAAAAUAAAAUUGGAAGGAAACCAUAUCAAGUAAUUCAAAUUAAAUGAUAAUAUUUGGCAAGAGAGCCCCAUCUUCUCUCAAAGUUGAAUCGGGGAUCAAAAGUUCUACUAAUUUUUUCCAAACUGAGACAUAACAUUACUUGAGAAAACCAUUCAAUCAAUGUAGGGACAGAAAUAUCUUUCCAUUUUAAUAAAAUAGCCCUUCUUGCCAAUAAUGUAACAAGUGCAAUUACAUGAUGAUCCGAAGAUGAAAUACUCUGAAUAUGAUGUGAAACUAUUCCAAAUAGAACAGUCAAUCUGUUAGGUUGUAAAUUAAUUUUCAGAGCUUUAGAAAUUGUAGAAAAUAAAGAUUUCCAAAAUGGUUUUAAUAAAAAACAUGACCAGAAACUAAGUGACAAAGUAGCUACUUCAGUUUUACAUCUAUCACAGUGGUUAUCUACACUAGGGAAUAUUUCAGAUAGUCUCUCCUUUGUUAAAUAAUAACAGUGAACAAUUUUAAACUGAAUUAAACAGUGAUUGGCACAUAUAGAGGAAGAAAUUAGGUUUUUCAAAACUCACAACCAAUUUUAUUAACAAAGGUCAUAUUAAGUUCUCCCAAUCUUGUUUAAUCUUUAGUGAGAGGUCCUCUUUUUGAAACAAAAGUAACUUAUAAAUUCUGCUAACAGAACCUCUCACUAAAGGAUUCAACUUCAAAGUGGUAUCCAACAAAUCAGAUUCUUGCAAAUAUGGAAACUUAGAUAAAUAUUGUUGGAGAAAUAAUGGGAUCUGUUCUUUUAGAGAUUUAUUUUGUGAUGGUCGAUUGAUGACUUUUGAAGAGUUAAUAAAUAUUCUCUCGCUCA